GAACACUGUUCUCAUGCGAGUCAAUAAUCAUUUGCGACGAUGGCGUCCGUGUCGACCAAAGGCCAGCGGUACAUCGGCGAAACCAGAAAUCAAAUCCGACACGGUUAUGGAGUCUACAAAUAUUGCAACAAGUUUUUCAAGUAUGAGGGAGAAUGGAAAGAAGGCAAGAAACACGGGCAUGGGAAACUUCUAAUGAGUGACGGUAGCUUUUAUGAAGGAGAGUUCAUCAAUGGGGAAAUCGAAGGUCACGGCUUCAGGAAAUGGGCAACCUCACGGAACACCUAUUCUGGCCAGUUCUACAAUGGAGAGCUCCAUGGCCAUGGGGUCAUGAAUUAUGGUCUUGGUGGGUCUUAUGAAGGGGAGUGGCAACACAAUAGGAGACAAGGUCAUGGUGUAUUAAAGCUUUCAGAUGGAACCCACUAUGAAGGAUCAUUUCAUAACAACAUCAGGCAUGGUGAAGGGUCGCAAACAUAUGUAAAUAAAGAUCAAUAUGUUGGUGAUUGGAUAAUGGACAGAAGACAGGGAAGUGGGGAAUUACGAUGCAAUGAUGGAACAAUAUACGAUGGUCAAUGGAGGAAUGAUAUGUUUAAUGGCCAAGGGACCAUGAUUCACUGUUCAGGGAUGGUGUAUGAAGGAAUGUGGAUCAAUGAUAAACCCGCACAAGAAGCAGCCGAGAUCGUGAUCCUUGGUGAAGAGAUCAUUGAGCUCCAGCAGGGCCAGCCUUUCACCAUCGAGGUGGAGGUAAGGACAGCCGAUGGCGAGGUCGUCGACUGCGAGCAGAACCGUCGGCUGAGGGUAUCAGCAGGCUUCAAGCACUACGUCCCGAACCAGGGAAUGCCGCUCUUUGAUCUCAUAGAAGAGAUGGAAGAAAUACCCAUCCCAACGCCAUAUGGUUACGAGGUUGUAGCUUACCCCCUCACGGACUACGACAAUCUAAAAGAGAAGUUAUCAGAAUCUUUCUUAAAGCCUUCAACUGCUGCCACGGAUGCGCUGACUGUGGUAACGGAUGCCAUGACUGCAGAUAAUGUCAGUGUAACGUUGGAAGAGGACGGGGAAGGAGAGGCAGAGCUGGGGCCAGAGGUUGCGCCAAGCACUGAGAUACCGCCUAGUACAGCUGCUGAAACGACGAUAGCCCCUAGCGAGAUGACAGGAGAAGAGAUCUCGGAGUCACCCCUCCCUCCCCCUGUCGAUCAUAGGGUAGUGGAAAAAGGAAAAGCAGAAUUCUUGGAUGUAGUUCUGCCUCCCGCUCCAUUCGGCUAUCAACCCUUUUCCAUCCUCGACAUCACCCUUGAGGAAGAAGCCCAGAAGAAGGCCAAGAACUCCAAAACGGCCGGUCUAGCGAACCAGCUUAGAAUCGGGGCCAAACUCAACAAGAGUAUAGCUUCUCCCACGCCUAGUGGCAAGUAUUCUUUAGUUUCUCCUUCACCUAGCGCCCAUGGCCGCUCUGCCACUGGCACGCCGAGCGGCAAAUUGCCCUCGGCCGUGUCUCCUUCACCUAGCGUAGACCGCAAGACACAAACACCCGGUAUAGAUCAAUUUUCUGUUGAUAAACUCAAGGACUUCAAGCUGAGCAAAGCAAAGAGAGAGAAGUACUAUGGCGACCUCAGAUAUGCAAGACCAGGUGAAUACGUGAUCAUGGUCGAUGACAUCACUGAGCCCCCUUUCCGCGGGUUCCGUCUUCCUACGGCCUUCUGUCUGGUGAGGAUAGCCUUCCCCAAGAAAACCAAGAAAGUGACGAAAUCCAAGAAGGAUUCUAAGUCAAGCACCAAGUUGGCUGCAGGAGGUGACUGACACAUGGACAGAUAAAUUGUGACUAGUUGUUGUCAACGAGUUACAGCUGGUUUCAACCGGUCACAACUGGAUUGGCCACAACUAGUUCCAGCUGCCACCUUUUUGUGGAACAAUUUACACUUAUUUGAAUGCAAUCGAAACAAGUGCCUGCUUCGAACUCCAAGGGAGUGUUCCAACAAAGGAACUGUCAGAUGUUUUAUCUGACAAGGUCUAUUUUAUCCAUCAUUUACUCACAAUAACAGUGCUUCUAAGCCAAUCAAAAUCAAGGAAAGUGGUCAUAUCUGACAACCUGUCAGAUCACAAAUUUUGAUAAAACAGUCCACUAGGCUCUGUAAUGCAAAGGUUUGCACACAAUCUUCAAACGGCAAUGGCCGAUCCAGAUCAUUGUUACUUGUGCAUUUCGUUCAAAAUGCUGAUCAGGAACCAAUUAGAUUGGUGCUUUCAUAUAUGCAAAUCCAUUUCAAACCUUUGUGUUUUGGCCAAAUGGAUUCUGGAGCAAAGGAUCUUUUCAAGAGGAGAUGGAUUAAAUGAAAGAAGUUCCUCUAUCUGUAUCUUGGUUGUGCUGUAGACAUGCUACUGAGAGGAAAGUUUCUGUUAAAGAAGACUGUCUGUGGUAUAGAGGACUCUUGGCCAGUCUUCUUGAUAAAUGGAACUUGGAAGAAAUUCAAGUUUAUGGCAUUGGAUUGAAUGUUUGUUUAUGUCCAUUGCCACGUAAGACAAAGCUUAGCCAUUGAUCAUGGAGCUGCUGAUUUGUAUAAUUGAUCAUACAAAAUACUUAAUGUAAUCAGUCAUAGAAAUCAACGCUAUGAUGAAGCAUGAAGCUUUAUGUUACGAGGCUCUGAUAUCAACAACGCAAACAGUAUAAUUCUCUCUAUUUUGAACAAGGGACACUUUAUUCAAUCCAUAGAGAUUUAUCUCUCUCUUUAUUGAUCCAUAGGGAUCUUGAUACAGAUUAUUGUCAGGGAGAGAUAGAGAAACUCAUUAUGUUUGAUAAGUGUAAACUUUAUGAAGUUUUGUCAUUUCAUCUCUAAAAUAGGUGUAUAAUAUAAAGGGCACAUCACCAGAAAAUGCCAAAUGAGCGAAAAUGUAUAUUUAUAAUGUAUGAGAUGUAAAUAAAUGGAUAUUUAUCUGUAAAUAAUUGAUAUUCUAUUUUUUACACAUUGUUUAUGGUCAUGAAUUUGACAUUCCUGUUUUUAUCCAUUAGUACUACAAUAUUCUUUUGCUUAGUGUCGGGGGGUAAAAUUGAGGACGGUAAAAAUACAAGUUCAAUAAUCAUCAACGGUCAAUAACAGGAACAUAAUCAUCAGCAAACAUAACAGAAAUGAAGAAAGAAAAUAGAAUAGAUUAAGUCAGGGACAGUCAGACCAAGACAUUGGCCCGUAUUCUGAAGUCAGGUUUAACUUAAACUCAGGUUUAAAGUUGUGGUUUAAGUAUGGAGAGCCAACUGUUACAUAAAUCACUAACAGUAGAGAUAUCAUACUUCAGCUCAUUUGGCUCACAAAUCAUUCAUAAUUGUCUAAGAAGUAUAAACAGAUUAUUGUCUUCACCAUCGAUGAAUCAGGAAAGAGCACAGUAAACAUAAGAAACAUACAACUUACAAACACAAAUACAUGUAUGUUAAAAUUUGAAGUACAUUUACGUAAAUAUUUUUUUGUCCAUUGCAAUUAAACAAUCAACUUACUUUUUGCAUUGCCUUUUUCUGCAGUUCAUGUGUUAUUAUGUAAUUAUAUGUAUGAAUUCUGUAUGUAUUUAUGUUUUUAUUUGGAAGCUCAUUGUAUUACAUAUUUUCUACACUGAUAAAAUGUGAUGGAGAGUUUUCAGUACUAUUAAAGCAGGAAUCAUC